GGGUGGGCUGGGCUGUGGUCCUGCUCUCGGCGCUUCUAACACCGCAAACCACGCAGAUACACGUGUUUAAACCCCACAUACGGAUACACAAACUUCGCAGAAUGAGUUAGAAGCCGUGCCUCGAGUGUGCCAGGUAGUGCACUGAAACAUGGGUCUUUGCAGUGUCCACGUCCUUCUGCUGCUCUUGCUGCAGGCUCUGCGGACAUCAGCUGAGGGCUCAGAUGGACAGUUGCUGUGUCUAUGUGACGGCCCCAAAUGCCUCCAGUCCACGCAGUGCCAUGGUACCCAGUGCUUCUCUUCUGUCAAAGUUGGCAGCAGCGGGGUUGUGUUUGAACGCGGCUGCCUGAAAGGGCCGGAGAAAAUCCGUCUAAUGUGCUCCACAGCUCCAUCCUUCCACCAGGCCAUCCUCUGCUGCGCCCAGGACAGAUGCAACAGCAACACCACCAGGAGCUCUCUGAUGACUCUGCUUCCAUCAGCCCCAGAAAAUGAGCCGGUUCGGUAUCGUGUGGAGACAUUAGCUCUCUUUGUACUGGGCCCUGUGGUGGUUCUGGCUCUGCUGUCUGUCGUGUCAGUGCUGGCCUGCAGGAGGCUGCACCACGGCCGUCUGCAGAGGCUGCAGGAGUUUGACACCGAGCAGGGAGCCAUAGACGGACUCAUCACCUCCAAUGUGGGAGACAGCACUUUAGCGGACCUGUUGGAUCACUCGUGCACAUCAGGCAGUGGUUCAGGUCUUCCCUUCCUCGUCCAGAGAACUGUGGCCAGGCAAAUUAGUCUGAUGGAGUGUGUAGGCAAGGGACGGUAUGGAGAGGUGUGGCGAGGCCAGUGGCAGGGGGAGAACGUGGCUGUGAAAAUUUUCUCAUCAAGAGAUGAGAAGUCCUGGUUCAGGGAGACGGAGAUCUACAAUACAGUGCUGCUGAGACACGAAAACAUACUGGGGUUCAUGGCGUCUGACAUGACUUCUCGAAACUCCAGCACUCAGCUGUGGCUCAUCACCCACUACCAUGAAAACGGUUCGCUGUACGACUACUUGCAGCGAGUAGCAGUGGAGACGUCAGAGGGCUUGGCGAUGGCGGCGUCGAUAGCCUGUGGCCUUGUGCACCUGCACGCAGAGAUCUUUGGCACAGAGGGGAAACCGGCCAUCGCACACCGAGACCUGAAGAGCAAAAAUAUCCUGGUGACCAAGGAGCUGCGCUGCUGCAUUGCAGACCUUGGUCUGGCUGUGACCCACUCCCAGGCAGACAACCUGCUAGAUGUGGGCAACAAUCCGAAGGUUGGCACCAAACGCUACAUGGCACCUGAAGUGCUGGACGAAACCAUUCAGACAGACUGCUUCGAUGCCUACAAGAGAGUGGACAUAUGGGCCUUUGGACUGGUGCUGUGGGAGAUAGCGAGACGCACAUACAGCAAUGGUAUUGUUGAAGAGUACAAACCUCCGUUUUACGAUCAGGUGCCAAAUGACCCCAGCUUUGAGGACAUGAGGAAGGUGGUGUGUGUGGAGCAGCAGAGGCCGUUCAUUCCUAAUCGUUGGUUCUCUGAUCCUACUCUCUCUGCACUGGUGAAGCUGAUGAAGGAGUGUUGGUACCAGAACCCCUCUGCCAGGCUAACGGCGCUGCGCAUCAAGAAGACCUUGGACAAAAUUCACAGCUCUCUGGAGAAGGGCAAGGAGUCGUGAGAGGGUGAAAAGCUCCAGAGGCAGCUGCCUGAUGUCAGGGAUCGGCUUAACAAGAGCCCGGUGUUUGUUCUAACAAGAGAGAGGGCAAGUAGGGGGACGGACAGAGGACUCGAGGAAAGAGUCGUUCAAGUGUCAUCCAGCCUCAUCCUUCUCUCGCUCUCUCACUUUCUCUUCCUUUCUCUGUGGUUGCCUUCGACUGACAUCCCUCUGUUUGACUUGAAGCCCACACAGACGUUUGGACAUGUCUGAAUAAGCCAGCCUUUGCUAUGACGGAACACAAACCAUUUGCCAGCGUGUUCCCACUGACCUGAACUGUGGACUGUUACUGAGUGUGAACGGACGGCAUAUUGUAGUAUCCCCAUCCCCAAAGCUUUAACGCCCCUUUAAGACUGCUCUGGGUUUGGCCUUCCUACACACACACACACACCAAACACUACAUACUGAGUGUCUCUUGCAAUUGAAUUUGUGGUCUCCAGCCAGCGUUUCUUUUUUUUUUUUGUUUGGCAUGCGGUUGUGGCAUUCUGCUCAGAGACAAUCAAAAAUAUUUCACUCAUUUAGCUUUAUUAUAACAUGCCAACUAUCGCCACAAAACACAAUAUGUUCACUAACAAAAGGAGAAGAGCCAAUAGAAUCAAAAAUUGUUUUUAAAUCUUUUUAAAAAUAGUAUGAUAUUUAUGUAUUGAAUCUCCACUGUUACCACACUACUGAGGAUAUGUAAGACUGAUGUACAAUGGUGCGUGAAACUGACUGUAUACAUAUAUAGGCAUUUACUCUACUGGACUUUCUGUACCCUUGUUGUCAUUAUGGGAUCGAAUAGGAAAUGAUUUGUUGAGAAAUAGUGGAAAAAGAGUAGGACAGUUGUUCCCACUAAGUUUGUUUGUUUGUUUGUUGUAUGGAGGGAAAAAAAAACAGGAUAAAACACUACAGACGCGUUUGUGUAGAAAGUAUCUGCCGAAAGGAAUUAGUCUGUAUCUCAAAAUAAGAACAUGAAGUGAACUGAUCCUCUCCGCUCGGCGUACUUUACAUAUUCACUGUGGCCGAUUUGGAAAAACUCUUCUGAGCCAGUAGAGAGGAAUCAAGAAGGACUCGUCUGUGGUAAAGCUGAUGUUUUUUUUUUUUUUUAAGAUGCUGGAGGUAAAUUCUUUCUGUAGCGAGCUGGGCCUCCAUUUAUUCCUGUCGUCUUCAGUCAUGCCACACUGUACAAGUUGUGUGAAUAAUGGAGAAAAAAACAAACCACUCCAUCUUCAACUUCAUCUGUUUCAUUGAAGAUUAGGUUUAAACGUUGCCUAGGUGUACAAAAGAAUUUGUUCACAGAUGCUGGCUUUGUUUUGGGAAAAAAAAAAUGUUGCUUUGUCUUUUUUAUAUGUAAUAAAACAUUUACUGCA